AAGGGGGAGAGAGAGCUCAUCUCCAUACAGUCACAGUGAACUGCGGGGGCCGACGGAGCGGUCCUCGAGAGCGGAAAGAGCUGCUGAAGUAGCGUUUGAAUCCAACUAAUAUCGACUUUCGACAACCGCUUUUCAUUUGUUUUCGUCCUCUAGCCUUCGGAAUUGGACGCGGGGAACUUUUGGUGGGGUCGUUUUGGAGUUUUAAAGCCAGCCCCACAUUUAUCCGACAUGGACAGUCCCAGCGCCGCUUCAGGGAGCCACUGACCGGCGUUCAUUCACUCAUUGCGGGAAUACAAGUGUGAACCCACAACGAAUUUUCGCCCCCCUUCACUAAAUGUUUGAUGAAGUGCUUCAAAGUUUUGGCCAAUUCUCGGACGCGGUGGAUUUAUCUGGUUCAGGCGCGACAAGACGCUCGUGGUCCCGGGUCGAAGACGAGAGGGGCUUUCGCUGGUAAAGUUGCGGGGAAAACAUGGAGACUGUAAGUCGGCAGAGCUUCCAGCCUCAUCCGGGACUGCAACAAACUCUCAAGCAGUUUCACCUCAGCUCUAUGAGCUCUCUCGGGGGGCCGGCCGCCUUCUCUGCCCGUUGGCAACAUGAGCUUCUCUUCAAGAAGGACGGGAAGGAGCCCGAGGCUGUCCUGCAGCAUCUACCGCCGCCAGUGAUGCCGGGGCCGCUCUUUAUCCCAUCGGACCGUUCCACGGAGAGGUGCGAGACGGUCCUGGAGGGCGAGACCAUCUCGUGCUUCGUGGUCGGAGGGGAGAAGCGGCUGUGUCUCCCCCAGAUCCUCAACACGGUGCUGCGGGACUUCAGCCUGCAGCAAAUCAAUUCGGUGUGCGACGAGUUGCACAUCUACUGCUCCCGGUGCACUGCCGACCAGCUGGAAAUCCUCAAAGUCAUGGGGAUCCUGCCCUUUUCGGCGCCCUCCUGCGGCCUCAUCACCAAGACGGACGCCGAGCGGCUGUGCAACGCGCUCAUCUACGGGGGCGCUUACCCUCCUCGUUGCAAGAAGGAGGCGGGCGGCGGAGGAGCGCUGGAACUGGAGCUCACCGAGAGGAGCUUCAAAAUCUACCACGAGUGCUUCGGCAAGUGCAAGGGCUUGUUUGUUCCCGAGUUGUACACCAGCCCCAACGCAGCGUGCAUCCAGUGCAUGGACUGCAGACUCAUGUACCCCACGCACAAGUUCGUUGUGCACAGCCACAAGGCGCAGGAGAACAGGACUUGCCACUGGGGCUUCGACUCGGCCAACUGGAGGGCCUACGUCCUCCUUGGCCAGGAUUACACGGGCAAGGAGGAGAAGAGCCGCCUGGAGCAGCUCCUGGACGAAAUCAAGGAGAAGUUUGAUUUCGCCAACAAGUACAAGAGGAAAGCCUCGUCCAGGGUGAGUUGGAGCGAUUGUGUGUCAUUCAGAAAAAAAAAAAAAAAAAGUGAUAAUCCUACCCCCACCCCACCCCCAGGGCCGCCAGUGAUGCCGGGGCCGCUCUUUAUCCCAUCGGACCGUUCCACGGAGAGGUGCGAGACGGUCCUGGAGGGCGAGACCAUCUCGUGCUUCGUGGUCGGAGGGGAGAAGCGGCUGUGGCUCCCCCAGGUUACCCACACCGUGCUGCGGGACUUCAGCCUGCAGCAAAUCAAUUCGGUGUGCGACGAGUUGCACAUCUACUGCUCCCGGUGCACUGCCGACCAGCUGGAAAUCCUCAAAGUCAUGGGGAUCCUGCCCUUUUCGGCGCCCUCCUGCGGCCUCAUCACCAAGACGGACGCCGAGCGGCUGUGCAACGCGCUCAUCUACGGGGGCGCUUACCCUCCUCGUUGCAAGAAGGAGGCGGGCGGCGGAGGAGCGCUGGAACUGGAGCUCACCGAGAGGAGCUUCAAAAUCUACCACGAGUGCUUCGGCAAGUGCAAGGGCUUGUUUGUUCCCGAGUUGUACACCAGCCCCAACGCAGCGUGCAUCCAGUGCAUGGACUGCAGACUCAUGUACCCCACGCACAAGUUCGUUGUGCACAGCCACAAGGCGCAGGAGAACAGGACUUGCCACUGGGGCUUCGACUCGGCCAACUGGAGGGCCUACGUCCUCCUUGGCCAGGAUUACACGGGCAAGGAGGAGAAGAGCCGCCUGGAGCAGCUCCUGGACGAAAUCAAGGAGAAGUUUGAUUUCGCCAACAAGUACAAGAGGAAAGCCUCGUCCAGGGUGUCGGAUCCCAUUCCAAUGAAAAAACCCAAACACGAAGACAUCCCAAUCCAAUCCCCUGCCGCCGACAAGGAGAAGCAACAUGACUGGCUACAGUCCUUUUCCAACCCCAAUAAGGGCUUCAACUGCAUUCAGCCGAGACAGAGGCCAUCGGCUUUUAGACCCUGGUCGCCACAAAUCUAUGUUGGUGAUAAGGAACCCUCCAGUCACCCGCUCGCUCUGCUAAGAGACAACUUCUACAACUACAAAAGCCUGGAGAAUGCUGUGGCCCCUAACGUUGCCCUCACACCGUUACCCCUGGGAAAGGUGGGUCCAAUGUCCCCGUCGGUCCCCAGCACGUCGCACCCAAGCGCGGGGGAACCUCCAGGUGAGGGCGCCAAUGCCAGCUCUCGACCUCGCAAGCGAAGAGUCACAGGGGAGCUCCAGCUUCCGGCACCUGAGGGGGCCUGCUCCCUUACCUCCACUGCCAGCAAGCCACCGCAGGAUGACAAAGACUCAGAGGUGGAGAUUGAAGUGGAGAGUCGUGAUGAGUUCACGUCGUCUUUGUCCUCCCUGUCGUCACCGUCCUUCACUUCGUCCAGCUCAGCCAAGGACCUGAGUUCACCCGGCGCCCUCGGGCCCAUCUGCACCGUCACGACAGUUGAGGGCACUACCCCUGCAGCUGCUCCCAUCUCAGCACCCAUCACCCCUCCCGAAUUGGGGCUGGAGUCAGAGCUGGAGAGCCUGCGGCAGGCGCUGGACAGCGGACUUGACUCCAAAGAGUCAAAGGAGAAGUUCCUGCAUGAGAUAGUGAAGAUGAGGGUGAAGCAGGAGGAGAAGCUGGGAUCCGCCCUACAGGCCAAACGCAGUCUGCAACAGGAGCUGGAGUUCUUGCGGGUUGCAAAGAAAGAGAAGCUGCGCGAGGCCACUGAAGCCAAGCGAAAUUUGAGAAAGGAAAUAGAGCGCCUGAGAGCCGAGAGUGAGAAGAAGAUGAAGGAAGCCAACGAGUCGCGGAUUCGUCUGAAGCGGGAGCUGGAGCAGGCCCGCCAGCUGAGGGUCUGCGAUAAAGGCUGCGAGGCCGGACGUCUGCGGGCAAAGUAUUCGGCACAGAUCGAAGACCUCCAGAUGAAGCUGCAGCACGCCGAGGCUGAUCGUGAGCAGCUCCGAGCCGAUUUACUGCAAGAGCGGGAGGCCAGGGAGCACUUGGAGAGGGUGGUGAAGGAGCUGCAGCAGCAACUUUGGCCCAAAUCGAACAGCGACAAAGACUUGACAGCCAAGGACAAGGACAUGCCGUCCAAAAAGUAAUCCAGGAGCCAAGUCCCUCACGCCCCCUCCGUCCCCGCCUCCGGUGCAAAGAUUCCCGACACUUCACACCAGGCCGAGGCCUCCAAUACACAAGCGGUGUUGGUCAUGCUUACGGUGAAUAAAACCAACCUGCGGCAUUUUGGGUCCUCAUCCAUGUCCAAGAAAAGAAAAAGCUGCGCCAUUCAAACUCGGACUCUCAGCUUCAUACUUUCAGAACUGAUAAGUAGAUCGCAAGAGGGAACGUGUGGUUGUGUCCGUCCGUCUCUGACAAGGCAGGUAGGGGCAGUCUGUGAUGUGAAAUGCUGAAAGAUGAUCGUAUUCUAUUAGUCAAAGAAGAAAAGCCGCCACGUUUGUCCCUUGACGCGAUGAGGACGGAAGAUUUUCAGCACAUGAUAAGCUACGUAGACUAUGUCAAGAAAACAUACUUUGUACAUGCAAAUAAAUCCGAAGAUGAACAAUACAAACAAAUGAACUAUCCACAUGUGCCGCCAUUUUUUUUUAAAUUCGUUUUUAGGGAAGCCAUCCCAGCCGACAAGGAGGAAAUAAUCAAGUAAUAUGUUAUUUCAAAUGUCUUCACACAACGAGCACAACCGCUUGCGAAUUGAUGUCAUCGAAUCUUGGAUUUAAAUUUUUUUUUUUUUUUUGGAGGAGGGCAGGAGGGGCGAAGAGAAACCGCUGUGGUGAAGACAACCUCCAGAAGCGAGCACUUGAUUUCGAAUCAUCAAACUAUCGGUCUUUGUCCCAGUGUUGCCCACACUAAGUCCAAUGAACACGGGUCACCAGCCAUAUUUGUGUUGAACCAUUUGGGUCAAAACCCAGUCGUCGAAUCUUCUCAAGAUACAAUAUUCCACAUGUGAGCGUGGCCUUGUUUUCUCAUCUCGUUACAGGGGAGUGAGAAAGCUGGCGUUUAUAUUCCUUUUAUGAAUCAGUUUCUACCCGUAUGGGACACCCUUGGCAAAAACCACAAAUAUUCAUGUUCAUUAAAUUAAAGGUAUGUAAAUAUAUAUUUUGAGGGACUUAACAAUAAUGAAUGGCACUUUGUCCUAACAACCAACCGUUUUUAUGCAUUGUACUCCCAACUUCUGUCUUCAACCUGAUUUUGAAAACACAUGAACGCUACCGUAUAGAUCCAGUUAACAUUUUUGUUGCUUAUAUUCAUCCUCUAUUAAAUAUCUUUCUGUUCACCUCAGGCAAAGUAUUGUAAAUAAACCGAAAGAAAAACAAGGCUCAACCUGUUACUGCCUGAUGAAGUCUCGAUGGAACUGUUGGAAUCAAUCGAGUUGGCCAAAACAUAUGAACCGUUGACAAAUCAGGAGGGGAACUUGAGUAAAUGGCUGCAGCUACACGGUGACGGUGGAUGAAGGUGUUUGAAAAUGAUGUCAUAGUUUGAGACCUUGAAAAAUCACAAUUUCCACCUUUGAGUGCAAAAAUCUAUUUUGUUAGAAGUCAUGCCAGCCCAUCACCAUGGCAACAAUUUUUGUGGUUGUUUUCCCCAUUGAUUUAUCACCAGUCUGUAUGUUAGUAGCGGGAUUUCUUAAAAAAAAAAAAAGACCCUGCACAAACAAUCACAUUUGGAUUUUUCUUAAAAAAAAAAAGAACAAAACAAACAAAAAGAAGACAGUGGCUGGAAGAUGCCGUUGCAGUGGGUACAAUGCAAUGCGAAUGUACAUUAUGUUCAUGCUAUUUUUCCUUUUGAUUGUUAAUGUUUUAAAUGAGAAAUUUUAUUGCUUGUCUGUUAUGUUCACCUUUUUGAAAAAAGAAAAAAAAAAGAAAACUCAUAUUUUUGUUUAUGCAUGAAACUGAAAACUUUUGCCAUUCAUAUCGUCAAAUAUUGGGCAUUUACAGUAUACUGUUCAUGUAAGGGGGUUUAUCGUGUAUGCAAUUUGUCUUUUCGAGGAGGGGGAAACAGUAACUAAAAGCAGCAAGCUGUACACAUGCAUUGAAAACAAACAAAAAAAAAAAACAACAAUGAUUCCAAAAUGAUGUAUCAAAUGCAAUGCUGGACAACCUCAAGUGCCUGACACUGGCGAAAGGUUUCCAGAAGAGGAAAGCUGAAGAAGCAGCUUAACAGGGAGACAACGACUUUAUAAAAAAGGCAAAAAAAAAGUCACUUCCUUCCUCAGCAGCUCUUUUUUUUCUUUUUUUUUUUAAUCAGCCAUCCAAGAACAACCAGUUUACAUGUUUCUUUGUCAAUGCAGAGAACAGUUUAAAAAUCACUAUUAAUAACACGUAAAGCUUUUUUCCCCCCCUGGAGUGCGUGCUUUUUUUUAUUCCUCAUUUGGAAUCGAUGAUGUGCAUGAGCGAACACUUUUGUAGGUGAUCUUUUGAAAAAAAAAUAGUGAUGAUAAUAAUAAGCCACUUGCUUUGGUAAGUUGUUGCUGAGGGUUGUACAUAAAGAGUUUUAUGUGUUUCAUCCGAGUUUGUGAACAUGCUGUGCUAAGGCAUUGCAUGGUAAGGAUAAUAAAGAGGACGUUGUUUUUUUUUGGUUUUUGUUUUGUUUUGCUGUAAAAGGCCAGCUGAAUCCAUCAGACACUCCCCCUCAGAGAAAGACUCUGCGUCUGCCAUUUUGGCGCGCCUACAAAUUGUUCAAUUUUGUAAUCGCUUUUACUCUCUAAAAAAGUUGAUAUCAUGUGUGUGGUUUUGUUGAUGCAUGGUUUUCUACAAGGGAGGCAAGAAUGACAUUGGCCUCUCAUUCUCCCGUGCAAAGGCAGAGAAUGCUCUUGUUUUCACAAUGAUUUUUGCCAGGAGAGCAAUAACGAUCCGUAUUCAUAAAUAAUUGCCAGUGUAACCAUUUGAAGAUGAAUUUGCAAAAUGUAAAUAUUUUUUUCAUUAACAAUAUUGUAUAAUAUAUGUACAUGGUGUUUCCUUUUUUUUUUCAAAAUGAAGUCUUUUCUUACAAUAGAUGUCUUGUUUAAUUGUUUUAUAAUUUGUGUUUGGAAAUGUUUCAAAAACAGUUCAUGCAGUGCGUAAGAGACGAUUCCCCACAUAAACAAGUUAAGCCAAUUCUUUGCUUUUUUUUUUGACUAGUCUUUGUAUUGCAUUUUUUUUCAACAAUUCAUUCAUUUUUACUGUACGUUUGGUAACAUAGCAGAACUCUCUCUCACCCUCUCUCUCUCACACACACACACACACAGACACACACACACAGACACAUGCACACAUGGUCAUUUUAAAGAUUGUUCCCCCAGCAUCCUUUUGUAUCUGUUUAGCCCUGUGCUGCUAACGCUAUAUCCAACAUAUUUUUUUAUGUAAGACGCUAAUGGAAGCUUUCCCAUUUAUCCAUGCCACAUAUGCAGUACGAAAAGCUCGGCCCACUCAUGUGAUCCCCUCGUUUUUGCUCAUCUUUUCCCAACAGCACCCCUCUCGCACGACACCGACAAUAUUGUAAAGUAAAGGACUUUAUGAGAUUAUGUUUGAAAAUAGCUAUGCUUAUAUACUGCAAUGACUGAAUGUACAGUGUAUAGAUGCAUUACCAGAAAUAAACUUGUUUGUCCAGAUUGAA